AUGGAUUUCCAAAAUAGAGCUGGAGGAAAAACUGGUGGCGGAGGGGUAGCAACUUGGUCAGAAUCUAAUAGAGAUCGAAGAGAACGUUUAAGGCAAUUGGCCUUAGAAACAAUUGAUAUUAACAAAGAUCCUUAUUUUAUGAAAAAUCACUUAGGUUCUUAUGAAUGUAAGCUAUGUUUAACUUUACACAAUAAUGAAGGCUCUUAUUUGGCUCAUACUCAAGGGAAAAAGCAUCAAGCUAAUUUGGCUAGAAGAGCCGCUAAAGAUGCUAAAGAUGCACCUCAACAACCUGCGCCUGAAAAGCCAAGAGUAGAUGUUAAAAAAUUUGUGAAAAUUGGUAGGCCAGGUUACAGAGUCACUAAGCAAAGAGAUCCCGAUUCUGGACAACAAAGUUUAUUAUUUCAGAUAGACUAUCCAGAAAUAGUUGAAGGUGUUUUACCACGCCACAGAUUUAUGUCUGCUUACGAACAAAGAGUUGAACCUCCUGACAGGAAAUGGCAAUAUUUGUUGUUUGCAGCUGAGCCUUAUGAGACGAUUUCUUUUAAAGUACCCAGUAGAGAAGUCGAUAAAUCAGAUACAAAAUUUUGGACUCACUGGAACAAAGAUACUAAGCAGUUUUUUUUGCAAUUUUCAUUCAAAAUAGAACCCAAGCAACCUCCUAAACCACCAACAAUUGGUAACCCUCCUCCUCCAUUAAUGAAAAAUCAAAUUUUACCCCCUAACUUUGUUCCGCCUCCUCCCAUGCCUCCCAGAAGUAUGGUCCCUCCUCCUCCAAGAUCAAUUAUGCCCUCAGUAGCACCUCCUUCUAUGUUUAAUUUAAUACCACCCCCUCCUCCAAUAGUCAGUACAACAUCGAGUAAUUUACCAAUACCACCUCCUCCCCCCUCACCUCUCCUGAGAAACUAA